AUGUGUCAACUGGUUUUUGAGGUGUGGGGACAGAACAAAACCCACAAAAUUCUAAUUAAAACCUCGUUCGCAGCCACUUUGCUGUCUGGUGGACGUGUGCCACAUUUGGAGGAACUCAUUAUUGGCGGACAGGAUACGCCCAUCGAGAAUGAUCCUUGGCUGGUGGCUCUACUCGUGAACGGUGAACAUAUCUGCAGUGGUACCAUCUACACCAAAGAUUUUAUUAUAACUGCCGCCCAUUGUGUUAGUACGAUAAAUCCUGAGCAACUUCAAGUUCGAGCGGGCUCAUCAAAUCGAAGCCAAGGCGGAACAAUCAGCAAUGUGGCGGCGAUCAAAUAUUACACUGGUUCUCCACGUUUUUCAUUGGUGAAGAGCGACAUUGCCGUCCUACGGCUAAGUGAACCUCUGAUAUUCAAUGAUAGAGUGCAGAGUGUUCCCUUGGCUGAUGCAAGAUCGACCUGUUGGGGUUGCACGAGUUCUAAAAAUCUGUUCCCUGAAGUCCUGCAGAGCGUUGCGAUUCCUAUCUUAAGCAAAAGACAGUGUCUAAAGUUUCGUCACAACAAAAAGAUAUUAUUUGUGCCGGAGCAUCCGGAAAAUCAGUCUGCCCGGGCGACUCUGGCGGCCCAUUGA